UCAUAUAAACCAGCCCUCGGUCUCUCAGAGUCACUUCAAGCAAAAAUGUUUUCGUGGGGAGAGGACAGCCAGCAGGGCUUUCGGUUGAAAGACAGCCCGACAGGGGACAGGGUUCACUUUCUAAACCUCCGUUUCCACAUCACUGAUCUGUCAGCGGGUCACAGUGCGAUCGCCUUUGUCAAAAGCGAUGGAGAGGCAUCUAUCAUUCGCGUGCAUGAGAGCGAAGACGGGAGAAGAUCCAGAGGAAAACAGAAGUACGUGAAAUGUCCGGAGAGGAUUCAGGCUGUGAGUUGUAGUGAUGACACAGUCACACUGCUGUCUGAGAGGGGCACCCUGUUCUGUGUGGACCCAGCUCACACUCCUUUCAGUCCAAGGACACCAGAGGUUUUGUGUAAGACACCAGUACAGCAGGUUGCUUGUGGGAGCCAGCAUUCAGUUGCCCUGACCAAAGAUGGUCAGGUGUACACAUGGGGCCAGGACUCCAGAGGCCAGCUGGGUCUGGGGAAGAGGAAGCUCGGUGCCAGUUCACCCCAACACCUCCGAUCUCUGUCAGCGCUCCCUCUGGUCCAGGUCUCUGCAGGGGGAGAGCAGAGCUUCGCCCUCUCUGUGUCUGGAGGUGUGUUCGGCUGGGGCAGGAACGACUGUGGACAGCUGGGGCUGGGAGACAAGACAGACAGACAUACACCUACUGGUGUUCAAUGCCUGAACUUGAAGAAAACUGUCCACAUUUCCUGUGGAAAGGACCACACUGUCACUCUGACCAAGGGUGGUGCCGUGUUUACAUUUGGCUCCGGUCAGCAUGGACAGCUCGGGCACAACUCAUUCAGUGACGAACUGCGACCUCGGCUGGUUGCGGAGCUCUGGGGGGCAAAAGUCACCAAGAUCGCAUGUGGACGACAUCACACGUUAGCGUUAACAGACUCCAAGCGGGUUUACUCCUUUGGUUGUGAUGAGCAAGGCCAGCGGGGACACGGAGAGGAGAGUCAUCCGUCUGUGCCGCUACCUGUUCAACUGCCCCAAGACACCACCAAUGGUCUCAUGAUUACAAACAUCUACGCAGGAGGAAACUGCUCGUUCGCAACUUGCACAUCUAUUAAGGAAGUUCAUCAGGAGUCAAACACUGACAGUGUCAACAAUGUAGCACAGCACACUGUUGAUGAUAUGAUUGACAGAUGGGCCUCAACGUGUGAUUCGAAAUCAUGGAAAAAGAUAAAACAGGAAAUCCACAUGAUGUUCUCCUCUGCCUGCUGUAUGAAUCAGUGGUUCCUUGACCAAAGCAAAGAUAAACAUUUCCAGACUUCACCGAAGUACUCCGGCUUGAACUUGUCACUUGCAAAACGCGCUUUUGAGAAGCUGACGAAGAAGGAUGAUGUCAUGGCGGAGGUUGAGGCUGCUGUUCUGCAGUUGAUCCCCUCACUUGAUAAGAAACCACCGGGAGUGGAGGGUCUACGGAUCUUCUUGCUUCUCACUGAGCUUCUACAUGUGAUCCCGAGACACAAAUAUCAACAGAGCACAAAGCUUGCAGUUGCACUUGCUGCUGCCAUACAAAGACUCUCUGCUGAAAGCUGCCAGGUCACAGUGGACUGGUGGUCUUCACUGUCGCGCUCCACCAUGAUCAGACAUGUUAAGGCGUGGAGUCAGGCCCUCUCACUGAUCCUGUCUGUUCAUCCGGCACCUCGCGACUCUGGAGUCAAAAACGUGAUGCUGGUCCUCCUGAACAUGUACAAUGCCAACAAAAGGAUUUCAGGAAGUCGGGGAAUCCCAGAUAAAACAUUCUGUUUGGAGAUCAACCAGACAUUUCUCCUGGAAGAUCUGCAGCUUUGGCGUUUGAACAUAAAUGUGGAUGAGAAUCAGCGGCCGCUUAUCCUUUGUAACUUCCCAUUUGCGAUGGAUCUGAAAUCGAAGAAAAUGACUGUUGAUAUCAUCGCUGCACAGCAAGCAUCUCCAGGUUUUGUGUUCCAGUGGCCUUUUGGAUGGGUUCCCAAUCCAGAUGAUUGUUUGCAGCUGAAUCUGAGGCGACAACAUCUUUUACAAGACACACUGGAGCAAUUGGCUGCUACUCAUUACAGUGCCUUCAAGAGGCCACUUCGAGUGUACUUGGAUGGGGACCCGAAGGUCACAGAUGUCUACAAAAGAGACUUUUUUCACGAUGUGUUUCAUAAGAUGGUGUCACCUAAAUUUGGGAUGUUCGUGUUUAAUGACCCUAAAACCCUGGCAUGGUUCCCCUCCAGAGCAACAAGCGAGGGGAGGACAAAGUUCUUCCUGUUUGGCGUUCUGUGUGGAUUGGCCCUGUACAACCAGAGUAUUGUAUACCUACCAUUCCCCUUGGCUCUGUUCAAGAAGCUACUCGGCGUGCAGCCAACACUGGAGGACAUGAAAGACCUCUGCAGUGUUGGAAAGACUCUGCAGGACGUGUUGGACUUUGAAGAUGAUGUCAUAGAGGACAUGUGCUUGUCCUUUUCGCAGAUAACCUGGGAUGGGACAGGAGUUGAACCCCAGAAUCCUGAAACGCCAGUGACAGGACACAAUAAGAAGGAGUUUGUGGAUGCCUAUGUGAAUCACGUCUUCAACACAUCAGUGGAGGGCGUGUUUCAGGAGUUUGAGCGAGGUUUCUUCCAGGUGUGUGACAGAAGUGUGGUCACACACCUGUUUCAGCCGGAGGAGCUGCAGGUGGUGCUGGUGGGCAAAGAUGUCUACGACUGGGCAAAGCUGAAACAGAACACACUUUAUGGAGGUAUAUAUCAUGCUGGCCACCCCAACAUACAGAUGUUUUGGGAGGUUUUUGAUGAACUGACUGAAGACCAGCGGAAAGAUUUCAUUUGGUUCCUGACAGGUUAUAGGAGGGUUCCUAUUCUUGGCAUGGGCCAGAUCCAAAUGAAGGUUCGAGAUAAGCAAGUCCAGACCGGCUCUGAUGAUCAGCACUUCCCUGAGUCUCUGACAUGUCACUCUAUUCUGGAGCUGCCCUUAUACUCAACCAAAAAGAUCAUGAGAGACAGGCUGACAGAGGCCCUGAAACCAAAGAAAGGAUUCCUGAUGUGAUUGUAGAUGAACAGCUGCUGGACAGGAACGUGUUUCUGUGCAGGGAAAGGGCCGACCUGAUGUCAGGAUGAAAAGAAAAUUCAACCUUGUAAGAGUUUACUUUGAAAAGGCUGAUCAGAGAGCAGCAUUUGCAACCGUUCCUCCUCAAAAGAGCAUGAGGACACUUAGUUUUUGAAAUAUAGAAGCAGCUCCUAUGCUCAGACGAGGCUUUCAUACUUUAUCUGCAGGGAUAUGUUGUGGUUUCUUUCAAAUGUACUAGUCGUAAGUCACUUUGGACAAAGGCAUGUACUAAAUGGUCUAAAUGUAAAUUAAAAUGUGAAAUGCUAUGAUUAACUGAUAGUAUUUAUUUUAACCUAUUUAUGUAUAUGAUAUAUUUUUUAUGUAUAUAAUGAAAUGUAUAUUUUCUCAAGAAUGAACUCUUAUUUUUAUGUGAAAAUUUUUUACUUGGACUAAAUUGAAAGAAAAAAAUAUCAUGUACACUUUAUUAGGCACAAAAUCUAAUGCAAUGAAACACUACAACUAUAAUAAAUCAUAUCUUUGUUAGGUUUAAUAAUAUUCUGUCUGAUUUUUGUGGUUCUGGUAAAUUGUAGAAUAAUUUAUUAAAAGGUGGUUAUAAGUUUGGACAAAAUAUUCAGCCAAUAGCAAAUGUUUAUGUAAAUCAGGUGUCUUUUUAGAAAAUGCAGUUAUUUAUAUUGCACUUUAUGACAUUGUUAUGACUAUACUUUAUUGAUUUAUCACAUGUUAAAACUUGAGAUGUGUUAACAAUAAAGAAAAUAAACAUUCA